AUGCUUCGUCCGGCUCCGUCCGCAGGAGACAUGCUACGUUUUGUUUCUGUUCUAUUCAUUUUUCUCUUUUCUCUCGCUGCAGCGGAGCCAGGAAUCUUCUACAAUCCGCCGACAGGCGGACCGAUCCACGAUUACACUGAGAACCCGGUAUAUGUGCUUGGUCAAACGGUUCAGCUUCGAUGGGCUACUAGUCUACAGUGGUUCUCCUUAGUAUUGUGGCAGAAUGACAAUUCGAAUUACGAAUGGAUUCAAACGAAUCUGACUGGAGUCACCACCUAUGACUGGAUUGUCUCAACUAACCGUAAUCUCAAUGAUGGAAUUGUGUUCUUUUUCCAGAUUCGAGACGCCACAGACAUAUCCAACCGGGACCGGCUAUUUGCCAGUCAUUACUUCAAUAUCACCAAGGAUGAUGCUACCACAAAGAAGACUACCUCUUCCUCCCUGACCACAACGUCGACCCCAUCCAAUUCGGUGUCCGGAUCGACAAGUACAACUAUGACAACGCCAACCGUCCUGCUGACCGCUUCUGCUGCGCUCACAACGUCCAGUCCCGCUUCUGCAGCCCCGGCAUCCUCCACAGCGGCUACGGGCUCAAGUAGUACGGCAGACUCGUCCAGUCCGUCCGGCAACACCCAGGAAUCUGGACUAUCCCCUCAAACAAAACUAGGGGUAGGAGUAGGAGUGGGCCUGGGUUGUGCUCUUUUGAUAGCACUCGGAUUUAUUUGGUACCUUCUUCGUCGAAGCAAAAAGGCUUCACGACCACCGCCUUUUGAUCCGAUGUACUAUCCUAGUAAUCCUGGUGGUUUCGUAAAACCACGAAUCAAGCAGCAAGCCCCGGUGGAAGUGGACGGGGAUCGUGGCAUCGAAGUGCCGGCAGAGCAGGUGAGAUAUGAGUUGCCAUCGUGA